GGGGAUUCACCAGUCACACUAAGAGAAUCGUUUGUGAUUCAGAAUCUGUCGUCGGUCUAUCCCAGCACUGUGUGUGGAGGGCGAUGAGUGAGUCUGCAUCAAAGCGGCAGAGGCGGCCGGCGGCUGGGGGAGAGGAGCAUGGCAACGAGGACGCCAUGGUGGACGCAGAUGGCCAGCAGCAGCAGCAGGCCACGGCAUCGCACAGCAUAGAUUUGGAGGCCUUUGCUCAUCACUUCGGCCAGAUUGUAAGUGGAUCCACCAAACGAAACACUGACAAGCACACAUCUUCAUUGUGUCCUCUCUGUGUGUGUCAUCUGCUCAUUCAGCCUGUUGUCGUCGCCUACGUCUUUUCGUUUGUGUCGCUUCAUUUGGUGGCGGCGCUGCCCCAGCGGCUGUGGCGCCACGUCGGCUGCCAGAUCACCCAGCUGGUCAUGGACACCCACGACGCGGCCGAGCGGCGCUUCUGGUGCGGCCUGUCAUUCGCUGAGGCCUUCGAGUGGGGCCGGCGGCUCACACGGCUCAAGUCUAUUGUCGUCCGGUAUCCCAAUGGUCUCCGCGUCGCAUAUGCCCCGCUUGCAGAGAGGGUAUCCCAGUGGCUGGAAAGGAUGCUCGUGGACAUUCUAGUGCGACGAGCUCCUGACUAUCGCACUCUGCCGCGGGUGAUCGACAAGAUCGUCACGGCAUUGGUGGAGGGGCACAGCGAUGCACCCAGAGCUACGGCGGCAGCAGCAGGGCAAACUGAGCCAGCGGGGGGGACGUUGGAGUCGAUCGAGUACAGCAAUGGCGGAUCGAUCAUAGUCGUCGACGAGGCCGAGGGUCGCGAGAUCAGAGCUGCCGAACAGCUGGCGACGGCGCUCCCCCCGCCCCUCGACCCGCCCCUUACCCUCACAUCCCUCACAUCCGUCACAGGCUUGGCCUUAAACGAGGUGUAUCCCGGCCGCGGGCGGCACUGGCAGCUGCCGUCACUCGAGACGGUGCAGACGGUGGAUUGCGAAGAGGUCCUGGGAAAGCUGGUGGCGACGUCGCGGCGCCUUAAGGAGCUGCAGGUGGAAUUCACUCCUGACGUAAUGGCAAUGGCUGAGGAGCUGAGGUGUGUCCCUGUGGCCGAGGCCGGCCAGCCGGGGCCGCUGUCACAGCUCGAGGACAUCGGGACGCUCAGCAUGUUGAGUCGAAGCGCUGAGGGGCUGGAGCGCCUUCAGGUAUGCGAUGAACCACACAAGAUACACAUGAUCAGAGAGGGUGGGCGAGAGCCUGCUUGUGAGUUGCGUGUGUCUGCGUGUAGGCCGUUCUCGUCGACCGUGGCUGCCGCUCUAUAAAGAAGUUCAGUGCUCAGCUCAGGGACUGGUACACCGACAGUCGCAUCUUCGAGACCCUGCAGACCAUCGAGGCCUUCACACGCACCGUGUGUGAGAGCCUUGAAAUCCUCGACAUCUCGAUCAACAUCGAAGACUUCGACCUGUCGCUCCUGUGCGACGUGCCCACGCGCCCGGAGCCCUCCCCCUUCGUGCAGAAGCACAUCCAACAAGGCGCCGCAAAAGCCCUCUCGGCGUCUUUCGGCAUACGCCCCCACCAUCUCACCACCCCUCUCGACACGCCCAGCCGCGCUGCCAUCGCCCUCGCACGAUCCCUGACCUUCCCCGAGGCGACGAGCGUGAGGGUGGUAGACCAUCUGGAGUUCGCCGAGGAGGAAGUGCAGCCUGACCCGAUUGUGCUCGACAGCAUACCCGACAACGCAUUCCCCGCCGCGUCGUCCCUGGAGGUCUUCCCCCCCGGCCUCGCCAUCGCGCGCAGGCUGGUGACCAAGAUGCCGGCGGUCAAACGAAUUGACCUUUGGUGGACGCACCCGACAGAGGCGGAGGCGGUGGGGGUGCUGCAGGCGGUGGGCGGGGACAGACACUUAGAGCACUUCGAGGCCAGAAGGGUGAAGGGCGUGGGCGAGGGCGGGCUGACGUGGGGCGACAUAGCCGACCAGCUGCCGACCAUCGCAAAAGUGAAUAUUAGUAUAGAAGGUGAGCAGCAACCAAUCGCCUUCACCAGCUGUUUUCUACCUGUCGAUUGUUGCGGUGACUGCUGCUUGCGUGUGUGUGCAGUGCCUGAGGAGUUGGGCGAUGGCGAUGCCGCUGGUGAGUUCGGCAUUGCGUGUGUCAAGUCGCUGCUCAAGAUCCGAGGCAUCAAGCAGCUUACUUUCCGGCAGAAGCCGUUCGAUGCCUUCGCACGGCUGAUAGAGGAUCGGACUCAUGGCGACACCAUCGAGGGGCUGGAGGGGCGGUAUGACAUCGGCUGGGGAAGAGAUGAUGACUUUACCACCACUGUGGUACAGUCGUUGUGGAACGCCCUUACUGGCAAGCGGGAUAUCCUCGUUCUCAAACCUUUGGACACCUAACAGCGGACCACAGGUACGGUUUGGCCAUCUUGGCUUCUUUUUCGUUUAUUUAUUUAUUCUUCUCGACGUAUACAUACAAACCUCGUUCUUAUACUUCGAUAACGGAUUAUGAUACAUAAAAGUCUAUCUGACUUUUAUGUAUCUGUCGGGCCUCGCGUCUGUCGCCUUUUCUUGGCGUCGCUGCGACGGCCAGGGAGGGGAUGGCUUCCGAUCCGAUGCUCAUGCUGUCGUACCUGUCCCUGUUAGAGUUUCGUGUCCGUGUGGCCGCUGGCUGCAUCUGUCAGCGGGUGGCUGCUGGUGCUGUGGGUUGAUUGAGUGGGGUCACGGUCUGUUUGCCAUAUAUGUGCAUUUGUCAUGGUUCUGUGUGUCUUCCGUGUCUCCUCUCUAUCGGUGGCACACAGAACGAAUCGCAAUGUCUGCCCUGCAAUCGCAAUGUCGUACUCGUCCAUUGACGUCCUGAUGUUUAUGGCGAAUAAACACUCCCUGUCGUCCAUCUGUUGGAUUCGCCAGAGGGAUGUACGGCAUCGCUCAUAUCAUCGCACAAGCUGGGAGGGAAAGAGGAUAGCGUGCUUUCAUGCGUAGCUGGUGUGUGGUAGGUAGACCGACUUUUUCUGGCCCGUCCCUGCCUGCCUCAAGUGCGCAUUGGAUCGA